AUGUCUGCGAUUGUGUGUGGGAAGAGAUCUUUCUUUGAAGAACUACCAACGUCGCCGAAUUCUGCAUCUCCUCCCGCUUCCAAGAAACUUCGCUGUUAUACCUCGACUUCUCCGGUUCGCUUUUCACCGUUCACUAACUCGCCGCCGUCACCAUCACUCGUAGAUAAGCUCCGAUCGUUUUUCCCUAGUAUGGAUAAGAAGCUGCUGGAGAAAGCACUAGAAAGAAGUGGAAAUGAUUUAGAUUCUGCCAUCAAGAGUCUCAAUGAACUCUGUCUUGGAUAUGUGGAUGGGAUCUCAGGUUUACCCAUUCAAUCAAAUGCAAUAACUGAAAAAGGUUCUUCUACUGAAAGUGAAGGUGUUGCUUCUUUGGAGAACAAUUCAUCACCUAACAAUAACAACAUCCCUAAAAGUGGUGCAGAAUGGGUUGAGUUGUUUGUGACAGAAAUGACAAGUGCUAUAAGCAUUGAUGAUGCUAGGCUUCGUGCUAUGAGAGUACUUGAGACUCUGGAGAAAUCCAUAAGCGAACGUGUUGCUGGUGAAGCAGCAGAUACCCUUCACAAGGAGAAUUUGGUGUUCAAGGAGCAGAUUGAAGUUCUUUUGAGGGAUAAUGCAAUACUGAAACGUGCUGUAGCCAUUCAGCAUGAACGCCAGAAAGAGUAUGAUGAGAGGAGCCAAGAAGUGCAGCAGUUGAAGCAGUUGUUGACCCAAUAUCAACAGCAAAUCAGGACACUUGAGGUGAAUAACUAUGCUUUGACAAUGCAUUUGAGGCAAGCUCAGGGAAGCAAUUCGAUUCCUGGACGAUUUCAUCCUGAUAUCUUUUAA